CAAGCAGAAGUUCAAGGCAGCCUUUGAUGUCAGGGAUUAUGGUGAGCAGGGUGUGAUGGGCAGGGCAAGUGCUCCCAUCAUUUGAGGUCCAGCUGAAGCCAAACAAGACUUUCUUCUACCUCAACGAUGAGGCUCUGGGUGUGGACAUCAAGGCUUGGUGAGUCCCCUUCUCCCCAGCCUGGCCAGAGGACCAGGAAUGCCAAGAACCUGAAUGGUUAGAGAAGCAGGCCACUUCUGUGGCACUUAAGGCUGCCUGAUGAGGUUUAUGGGCUACCUCCACCAUCUUGUGAGGUUGCACAAGCUAUACCUGCAACCCAACACGAAGCUUUAUGGGACACAUUUAUCACUUCCCAGGGUUGUGUAGGUCAGCAAUGAAACCAUCUAAGUAUCCAGGGGUCACUCUGCCCCUCCCAGAGAUUUACCACCAUCCCUGCAGCCUCAUGAGGUCAUACAGGACAUCUCUGCAACCACACGAAGUUGUGUGGGUGCUUCAAAGCCAGUGGAAUGACCCUCCACCCACCCCCAGGUAUGUUUUCAAAGAGCCAGUGGAUGGACAUGCUCUGGCCAUCUUCGGGGUGAAGUUGCAUUCCCACCGGAUGCCCAUCCAGAGUUCCCUGCAGAGUGGAGGUGACUGAGUCUUGACCUCUCCCCCCACCAAUUUCCCCCUCUAUCAACCCUCCUCUACUCCCCAAGAAACCAUCUCCUCUUCUCUCUCUCACCCUGAGAGCAGAUCUCUGAAGGUCUGGGCCACGUCUCCCUCCAGAAGGACACACUGAUGUCCACAUUCCAAGGCCCAGAAGAGGACUUCAUUGGGGCCUCAAUCUUUGUCAACGUCACCGUGUUCUCUUCAGGUGCCACCCUCACCCAAGCUCCUGGCUGAGGUCAGGACAGUGUUCUUACCCAACCUAGACAUUCCACCCAUGUGACCACGGGCCACCUCCCAGCCCAUUUCCUCAUCAGAGAAAUGCGAAAAUGCCAGAAAGGCUGGAAGGAGCUGAGAUUGUGUUACUGUCUUUCCUUGUCUUCACCAAGACAGGCUUCCCAUACGAGCAGCCCUGCCACUCCCCCAAGAAACUGGACCUCCUCCACAGACCUCACAGUCCCCUGUCUCUCCAGGGGGUGAGAUGGUCCAGGCUGAGACCUCUGGGGUGAAGAUCGUCCGGAGGACAUACAGCAUCAAGUUCAUCAGGACACCCCAGUAUUUCAAGCCUGGGAUGCCCUUCCACGUUAAGGUCUUCGUCUCAAAUCCUGAUGGGUCCCCAGCCUCUAGAGUCCUUGUCCGAUGCCAAGACAAACGAGACCACACGUCAGCCAAUGGAGUGGCCAUUUUGACCAUCAACACAAAUGCAAAAAAUCGGGAGAAGCUCCCUAUCCUGGUAGAAACUGAUGAGCCUCUCCGGCCAGAAGAGCAGGCUUCAGCCAAUAUGACAGCUUGGCCUUACUCGACUCAGGGUGGGUCAGGGAAAGUCUUGCACAUUGAGGUGAAGACAGUCACAAAGGUUGGCAGCAGCAUCUACCUGAACCUUGUCACAGGACAUCAGAAUUCUGAAACUAAGAAAUGGAUCACUCACUUCACCAUCCUGGUCCUGAGUAAGGGCCGGAUUGUGCAUGCCAAACAUCAGUCAAAAAGUGACCACACAAUAACCACUAUUGAUGUGACUUCAGAAAUGCUGCCCUCCUUCUGCAUCCUGGCUUUUUAUUUACUGCCUAGGGGAACAGGUCAGGAUCCUGAACUGGUGGCCGACUCCGUAUGGGUUGGUGUGAAUGACAGAUGCAUGGGGACGCUGAAGGUUGGUUUGAAGAAAGAAAGACCCUUCCAGACUUUGAAGCCCAACAGCCAAGUGGAAGUGAAGGUGACAGGUGAUGAAGAGGCCACAGUGGGGUUGGUGGCCGUGGACAAGGCUGUCUAUGUCUUAAACAGCAAACACAAGCUCACACAGAAGAAGGUCUGGGAUGUGGUGGAAGAAGAUGACAUCGGCUGUACAGCGGGCAGUGGGAAAGACGGACUUGCUGUGUUCAAGGAUGCUGGAUUGGACCUGAAGAUGAGCACGGGGAUGCACACCCCAGCAAGCUCAGACUGGCAGUGUCCUCAGAGCCCCCCUGCCAGCCGUCACCACCGCUCCUUGAAAUGGCUGGAGACCAAGAGGAAUGCAGGUCAGAGCUAAAGCUGGACAUGUCCCUCCUGGCUCCCUAAACUACUGUAUUCAUCAGAGCUUAGAAGAGAAAAACUGAAACCACUCCAUGUACUUCAAGCAGAGAGGGGGGGAUGUGGUGAUGGGAGUCCGGUGCUUUCAAAAUCAUUAGAUGGUCUGUAGGAGUGGACAUCAAAAGGCUGCUUGCUGGGACUCAAGAUCACCUCACUGCAGUUUUGCAAUGUGUGAAAUCUCGGGAAACUUCUGCCAAUAUCUCUUGCGAUGCUGGUGGGUAGAUAACAAAGUGCAGAAACAGUGCCUAUUACAAAAACACACAGAGUUCACCUGUGACUGGGGUUCACCUGUCAGCUACCACUGCCACAGGAAAAAUGGCUUCCACUUCUUCCACCCUCCAAAUCUUACACAAGAGUGUCUCUGUGGCAGAAUCUUAUCCCAUCUAGAACCCUAGCAGCAAGAGAGUCUGGGAAAUGCAGCUUCUAGAUGUCUAGACUUUGUGAUACAAGAGUGAAUGUAGACAAAAGGAGAGAUGGAUGCUGGGUACCAGUGGAUAAUAGCAAACCUACCAUCCCC